AUGUUAGAUGCCAUUCCGAUUGAAGAUGGGUCCGUGAAGCUUAAGCGUGGUACGCCGCCGCCAUUGACUCCCUCGUCACUGGGCGCGAAGAAGCCUGGCCGGGAAGCGAAAUCUCACCACUCGGAUGACGAUGGGAUAUCCUCCGAUGAGGACCUUGAUGUCCUUCCUUUCCUUUCUGUCGACGAGGGCGGCAAGGUGGAUACUUUCGGCCCUUCAUCUGCACUACAAGGGCCAACAAAGCCCAUAAUUUCGAAAGAGUCGCCAGUCACAGAACAUGUUCGAAAUCAGCUCAUAGCGAACGCAAUACUUCAACGUCAGCGAGAGCACGACAUAAGAUGCUGGCAGGAAAUAUAUGGCGUUCCAGUGGAACUGGCUGUUCAUCUCUUGGAUCUCCACUGGAGUCGACAGCAUCACAGCUUCUUGCUUACAUACCGACCUGCCGUUAUGAGGGAUCUGAUACAAAAUGGACCCUAUUGUUCAGAAUUCCUAAUGAACGCCAUUUUCGCAUGUUCUUGCAAAUACUCACAGAGGAUAGAGGUCCGGGAUAACCCGGUUGAUCCGGAAACAGCGGGUGGGCGGUUUUUUGCUCGAUGUGACCAGAUUCUGGCAGACCAGUCACUCCUAAACUCUUCCAGCAUUGCAACGCUAGUCGGGCUCCUCCUUCUUGGAUCAACUUAUAAUGCGUUGGGGCAAACCUCCAAGGGCUGGCUUUAUACUGGAUAUGCACUUCGUAUGGUUUAUGAUCUUGGUCUUCAUCUUGACUACAAGGCUACGACCGCCAACGCCGAGGAUAUUGAGAUACGUCGUCGCGUGUUUUGGGGUGCAUUUAUCUGCGAUAAACUACAGAGUUUGUACUUGGGACGACCAAUGGCUAUUCAUAUAAGGGAUACACAUGUAUCUCGCAAUUUUAUGGAUACCAUGGAAGAGAAGGAAUUAUGGACACCUUACGUGGACCCUAGACUGCCUUCAGAUUCCUUGCCAUCCAUCCCAGGCACACCUACUCCGAUCCAUUCCGUCACUACAUUCCAGCAAUUAUGUCUGUUGUCCAAGAUCAUGACCAAAAUUAUCAAUCGAUUUUACGUGGUAGGAGCCACCGCAGCCAAUGCUAGAGCUAGUCUACAAUCUAUCGAUGAUGCUCUGAUUUCAUGGAAAGAGAACCUCCCGACGGACCUUAACUUUGAGCCCUGGUCGGACAACCCAUUGAUCGCCCAGGCUCGCCCUGCACCGAAUGUCAUGAUCCUUAGUGCCUUGUACUACUCAUUAGUGAUCCUUUUGCAUCGACCCUUUAUAUCUGACGGCCAUCUCCGCUCUGCUGUUGCACCCGCCAGUUCUUGGAAACGGUGUACCUCCGCUGCUAAAAACAUUACAAGCAUAGUCUUAGCAUACAAGUCAGCGUACACCCUCCGAGGCGCUGCCUAUUUACUGAGUUAUGCAGUCUAUGUUGCAUGUACUAUACAUGUCCGUAAUGCUGCAGCAACCGACGGUAAUCAGCCAGGCGAAAACUCGUCCAUACUCUCCGCAAGUCUUCACAGUCUGGACGAACUCUCGCUACCGAACGCUGGUGUGUCUAAGACUGCUAGCAUCAUUCGGAAAAUUAUGGCUGACAAUGGCUUAAAACUUGUAUCUGGUACAUAUAACCCCGCCUUCCUACAACCUACAAUCCUAGUGACCCUUUACUGA